CAAUCAUUAUGAAACGGAUAGCAGUAAUUACUAUCUUACGUUUUGGGUUAUGACGCUUUGAAUGAAACGGAUAGCAUUAAUUACUGUCUUACGUUUUGGAUUAUGACGCUUUAAAUUUGCCUAAAACAUGUUUUCGAGAUACUAAAACUAUUAAGCUGCGUGUUGAAUUUUACAAAUUAUUUCAUUUUUAUUCCGCAGCGUUUCACAAUAGCUCGAAAUCCAAGUAUUAAUGAUAAACGCAUUAGCUGGAAGGAAAUUUACGAAGCAUAAUCUUACAUGUUUUUAAUAACAUAAGCGCUACUCAGAACAAAUUCUGCCAACAAUAAGACAAUAACCGUGCCUUAUAAAUUAAAGGGAAACAAUUUGAAUAUGGCGCUUCAAUGUCUGACCACUAGCUUUCGCAGACUACGAUCAGCUGAUAGAAGCAUGCGAAAAUUAUGCCCCACAGCUGAUCGCUGCAGUUACUAAAUUAAAGUAGUUAGAACGUUUUAUUUGCUUGGAUAAAUUUUUGUUGACGUCUCUUAGUAACCAUAUCAUUUUUGUAAAAGGAAGGUUAAUUAUAACAGAGUCAAUGAAGCAUUAAUUUGUUUGUAUUCACAACUAAGCUGAAAGCGAAAUCUCGCUGCGUUUGAGCCGCGGCUUGUUUUGGGAUUUUGUAAGUUGUUUUGCGCCUUAGCGGAGAGGUGGUGUUUUCGAACGGCUGUGUUGACGCAUUAUAACUAUCUUCGGUAUAAUGAUUGUUACGAACUAGAGCCACAAAAUAACAUAUCCUGUACGAUCCUCUAAAUUUUUUUAUAAAACUGACUGAAAAUUUCGUUCGUUUCUCGAAAUUUAUCUUUAAGAACAGUUUUUUGCGUUCGUACAAGUUUCCAGUAUGAAUGAAUUUGUGACAGUCAAAACGUCUGAAGGUAUAUUAAGAGGAAAAUCGGCGAAAACUUCAUCGGGGAUCAUGUAUUACAGCUUCCAAGGCAUUCCUUAUGCGAAACCCCCCAUAGGACCGCUGCGUUUCAAGCCACCACAGCCUUUGAGUCAAUGGGAUGGAAUUAAGGAUGCACUGGAAGAAGGAGACAUUUGUUCACAAAUAAAUAUGAAGGGCCAGUACAAAGGAAGUGAAGAUUGCCUGUAUCUGAAUGUAUAUUCUCCAAAGAGUACAUCAAAUGGUAAUGGUUCAAAGGCAGUGAUGGUAUGGAUUCAUGGAGGUGGAUUUACAAUGGGAUCGGGAAACUCUGAUCGUUUUGGACCAGAGUUCUUACUUGAAAAAGAUGUUGUGGUUGUCACAAUCAACUUCAGAUUGGGAGCACUAGGUUUCCUUAGUACACAAGAUUCCAUCAUACCUGGUAACUUAGGUCUGAGGGACCAAAUUGCUGCUCUGCAGUGGAUUAAAAGGAACAUUAAUUACUUCAGUGGUAAUCCAGACAAUGUUACAGUAUUUGGUGAAAGCUCUGGAGGAGCUUCUGUUCAUUACCUUAUAUUGUCACCACUGGCAAAAGAUUUGUUCCAGCGUGCUAUUGCACAAAGUGGCACAGCAUUAAUUCCUGGAUCAUUCAGCAGAUUUUCAAAAGAGAGAACUUUCCGUUUGGGAGAAGUUCUGGGCUGCAAAACUAAUGACUCACAAGUUCUUUUGAAUUUUUUCCUGGAACUCCCUGUGAAGAAACUGAUAGAAGCUCAAAAUAUGGCUUUGUCUGAUGAGGAGAAACGGAGAGAUGUACUUUUCCCAUUUGUCCCAUGUGUGGAACCAAAGAUUGCUGGUUACAACGCAGUACUUCCUGAUGAACCAAAGACCUUGAUAAAAAGGUGUUCAUUUUCUGAUGUUCCUUUCAUUGUUGGUCUGAAUUCACAUGAGGGAAUAGCCUUUGCUAAAGAUGUUAUUCAGAAUGUGAAAGUAAGGGAAGAAAUUGAAAAUGACUUCAAAAGGUUGAUACCGCUGGAUAUGAAUAUUGAUAACAGUAGUGAUUUAGCACAUGAAGUUGCCAAAGAAAUCAAAACUUUUUAUUUUGGAGAACAUUCAUUGUGUGAAGAAACUAUUGAACAGUUUGUGAAUCUGAAAACUGAUUUGCGUUAUGCAUAUGCUGCACAUGAGACAGUGAGACUUCAUUCGUUCCACAGCUCAGCUCAUGUGUUUUACUACCUAUUUUCUUAUGAAGGUGACCUGAACAGCGUAAAGAAGCAAAUGAGAGCAGAACAUUUACCAGGUGCGACUCAUGGAGAUGAACUGAAUUACCUGUUCAGUAAGUCUUCAAAUGGCAGAGAUAUUCAAGCAAAAGAUCAGAAGAUUAUAUCAGAAAUGACCUGUAUGUGGACCAAUUUUGCAAAAACAGGGCAGAGGGCUGAAAUGAUCAGUGGUGUGGGAAUGGAAGAAAUUGUAUGACUGGCUAAAAACAGAUCCUCAAGAUAAAUUGAAUGUGAUGUACAGUUUCUGCAAGGGAUGAUUCAUAUAAUAAAACAAUAUUACUUAAAUAAAUUCAAAGAAAAUUACUGAAUGGUGACAAAUAUCUUUCACCAAAAAAAAUUCUUACCAAUAAAAGGCAGCACCUGUUGAAAAAACAAAGUGUUAAGUCACCAAACUGUUACAAUAAUGGUAUAUUAUAUGUGUCUGUUUAUAUCACCUCAGAAUUUGCUGAUAUAUAAUUUUCAGUGAUGGGUGCAAACCAGCAGGAAGAGAGAGACAGAACUUCAAAAAAUUUAUUUAUUUAAAUACAAAUUUAUAAUGUAGCACCAGUUAUCAACCUUUUACAACAACCAAACUCCAGGUUUAAUGUCAGAAGUACAAAAAAUUUGUUCUUAAGUUAUUAAAUACAUGAAUUUUGAAAA